UUGUGGCCACCAUGAGGGACCUGGGCAAGAAGGAGAAGCUGGAGGCGGCGGCGGGAGAGGCGCUGGGCAAGACGCUGAGCAUCCGGAGGCUGGAUGUGUGCAGCGACAGCUCCGUGGCCGAGUGUCUGCAGGACAUCCCUGGGGGGCACGUGGAUGUGCUGGUGAACAACGCCGGCGUGGGGCACGUGGGGCCCCUGGAGAGCAUCAGCAUGGCCGAGAUGAAGCUCAUCUUCGAGACCAACUUCUUCGGCGUGGUGAGGAUGGUGAAGGCUGUGCUGCCGGGGAUGAAGCAGCGGCAGAGGGGCCACAUCCUGGUGGUCAGCAGCGUCAUGGGGCUGCAGGGGGUCGUUUUCAACGACGUUUACGCCGCCUCCAAGUUCGCGGUGGAAGGUUUCUGCGAGAGCCUGGCCGUGCAGCUCCUGCAGUUCAACGUCUUCGUGUCCCUGGUGGAGCCGGGUCCCGUGAACACCGACUUCGAGCUGAAGCUGCUGCGGGACGCGUCUGGCUCCGACUUCCCCGGGGUGGAUCCGCUCACCCUUCGCUACUUCAGGGACGUUUAUCUCCCGGCCUCGCAGAGCAUCUUCAGCACCCUGGGGCAGAGCCCCGACGCUGUGGCUGAGGCCAUCGUGUCGGUGGUGGUGGCUCGGCGCCCCCCGUUCCGCACCCAGACCAACCGCCUAUACACGCCGCUGGUGGCGCUCAAGUACGCGGACCCGUCGGGGAGCUGUCGGUGCGCAGCUUGUGGCGUGCUGCUGUUCGCGCACGGGCCGCUGCUGCGCCUCAGCCUGGCCGCGCUGCGCUGCCUCCGCUGCGCCUGCUGCCGCCGCCGCGUCACCCCCGUGUGAA